CGUCGACGAAGGAUCGACAACCUGUUUGAACGUGGCCACCGCACCACCGUUUAUCCUGCCAUGCCGUUCUUAUCAUCCCGGUGUACCGCGUGAUCACGAGUAGCGAGCAGCAUCGCCCGAGAAGAGCAUAAAGUUGAGACGCCAAACCAAGCUGCAAACCCAUCACGAUGUCUACCGGAUUCCUCAAAGUGGACCCACCUCCAAGUCUCGGAUCAAACGGUGCCAGUGGUGGUGGUGGUGGUGGUGGUGGCCUUGUCCCAGGCCGUCUCUCCCUCAGCAGCGAUAACCUGAGCGCAGCUGGCCACCGACCAAAUGGAACCGAACGUGGCGGAUCCCUUACACCCAACCUGCCCUCGAUGGAUCGCCUCCAGGCACCGAUACUGACCCGCCGGAAAUUCAGCUUCCCCGCCAACCUACACUCCACGGCGUUACUCGGCUUCCCGGAGAUGGGCCAUGGACCGAGUGGAACGUCCCUGUCCGCUUCCAGCACUGCCCUAGCCGCACGACGGCGUCUCAGCAACGUCAGUGACGUCGUCACCCGGAAACUGUCCAGCACGAUCGGUUGGAAGCAACCUGUUCUCCCAUCGCAGGACAUCAUCACGCAGGGCAAAUGUCUCUGCGGUCAGUACAUUCGUUGCCGGCUCAAACGGUCCGGUGUGUUCAAUCGGAAGCUAGGACUGCAACGGAUCCGAAGUAUCGUGGGGACACCGUCGAUUCACGUCGUCCGGGAAGUGUUCCCGGCACUUCUGAGCGUUGGGGAAGAGCUGGAGCGAAUGUAUCCCCGGAUCUACAACGGUAUCGCCCGGCAACUGACGCGGUUCGGGCGUGGUGAGCUGAAAACGCCCGAAACGGCCCCGGUACUGCUGAGUGCGAUCGCGCGCGAUCUCUUCAAGGCGGACAUUACGUGGGGCAAGGUGGUGUCCCUGUUUGCCAUCGCCGGUGGGCUCUCGGUCGACUGUGUCCGGCAGGGCCACCCGGACUAUCUGCCGAAGCUGGUCGAAGGGGUGGCGGACGUGAUUGAGGAUGAGCUCGUCACGUGGAUCUCGGAGAACGGUGGAUGGAUUGGUCUGGCGAACAAGGUUCGGCCACCGCAGGAGGAGAUAACCUUCACCGGUCGCUGCCUGGUCGGUGCAAGCUGUGUGAUAGGAUUGUUUGUGGUGGUGUUUCUGCUUAAGACGCUAGGUUUAUAUUUAUUCCCCCACAUAUCUUCCUAAGCCAUUGGUAAUUGUUAAUAAAAUGUAACAAAUGGAAAACAGAA